AUGGGUUUAUCCAAGUGCUUGUUUCUGUUCUUCAUCAUCUAUUUCUUCAAGGAGUGCAACGCCAGUACUUCGUCUGAGUCCUCUUAUUGUCAUGAUGAGGAGAGCUCUGCCUUGCUACAAUUCAAGGAGAGCUUUACUAUCAGCGCAUCCGCUUCGGGUUUACAGGGUGCUUAUCCUAAAGUGUUGUCAUGGAAACCACCUCAAGGAGGAAACAAAACCAACUGCUGCACAUGGGAUGGUGUCGAGUGUGACGAACAGACCGGUUAUGUGAUCGGGCUUGAUCUUAGAAGCAGCUGUCUCUACGGCUCCAUCAAGUCCAACAGCUCCCUCUUUCGUCUUGUUCAUCUUCAGAAGCUGGACCUUGCCGAUAAUGACUUCAAUUACUCUCAAAUUCCUACUAGCAUUAGGAAUUUCCCUAGCCUCGCCUAUCUUGACCUCUCUGCCUCUGUCUUUUCUGGUCGACUCCCAGCAGAAGUUUCACAGCUGGUUAAGUUGUCACUCCUCAAUCUUUCUUCCAAUACCGAUCCUUCAUCUGGUGUAGGAUUGUUGAAACUUGAUGGCAACAAUUUCAGAAAUCUUGUUAAAAACUUAACCAGACUAGAACAUCUUCGUCUCCGUUACAUCAACAUAUUUUCGACAAUACCCUAUUCCAUGGCCAAUCUAUCAUUUUUGACAACCCUCGACUUACUUCAGUGCAAGUUGUUUGGAGACUUCCCAGUAACAAUUUUCCACUUACAAAACUUGAAAAGUCUCUAUGUUAGAGACAACCAAGAUCUCAUUGGUCAUUUGCCUGAAUUUAAUCAAAGUAGUCGUCUCAUAACACUUGAUCUUCACGGAACUAGAUUUUCAGGUUACUUUCCUUCUUCCAUAGGAAAGAUUGAUUCUUUGAAGCAGUUGGACGUGGCUGCAUGCAAUUUUUCAGAAGGCUUUGUUCCAUCUUCCAUAGGUAAUCUUAGACAACUCGUUUAUCUAGACCUUUCAGCAAACAAAUUUGUAGGUCAGAUUCCCGAGUCCUUUGCAAACCUUACCCAAUUGACCGUCUUUAGGAUUAGUACAAGUCCAUUAACUGGUUCGGUCCCAUCGUGGAUAGGUAACUUCAGCAAGCUAGUUUACCUAGAUUUUUCGUAUAGUAGACUGAAUGGUUCAAUUCUUGCAUCAUUUUCCAAUCUCACAAACCUUGAGAUUCUUUAUCUUCAGUACAAUAACUUAUUGAGAGGUAAAGUUGAGUUUCAACAAUUCCAAAACCUUCAAAAUCUCAACCAACUUGAUCUUAGUGCUAAUAGUCUGGAAUUUCUCACUGAUUCAGUGAUUAUGAAUGCAACGGUUCCACAGUUUCAGGUUCUAGGACUGGCCAGAUGCAAUUUAACACAGUUCCCAUAUUUCUUAAGGUAUCAAAAAAACCUGCAGAACUUGUACCUUGAUCAAAACAAAAUCCAUGGCCAAGUACCGAAAUGGAUGUGGAACAUGAGCACCGGAAGUUUGAUGUACUUCAACCUUGGCACUAACCUCCUUUCAGGCUUUGAGCAACUUCCAAAUGUCCUUCCUUGGGUAAACUUGCUCUUCUUAAGUCUUUCGUCCAACAUGUUCCAUGGGCUAGUACCAGUACCGGCAGCAUCCACCUUAGGCUAUGAAGUUCAGGAUAACAACUUUUCUGGAGAAGUUCCGCCAGGAAUAUGCAAUAUGAGUUCUCUUCUGGCUCUUGAUAUGUCUAACAAUAACUUCAGUGGCAUGAUUCCUCAGUGUUUCGGAAACUUUAGUGACCAUCUGACUCUUUUGCUACUGAGAAAUAACUUGUUUCAUGGCAAUCUUCCCCAAAAGUACAGCAACAAAAGCAUCUUAAGGAUGCUUGAUGUGAGCCACAAUCAAUUGCAAGGGCCACUACCGAGGUCGUUGGUGAAUUGUCUGCUGCUUGAGACCUUGGUUUUGUCAAACAAUAACUUGAGUGAUGUAUUCCCCUUUUGGUUGCGAACUCUUCCAGAGCUGAAACUUUUGGCAAUGCGGCAUAAUGGUUUCCAUGGAGUGAUAGGAAAGCCUGAAAACAAUCAACGGUUCCCGAAGUUGCGUGUUUUAGAUAUGUCGUAUAACAAUUUCACCGGCCAGUUUCUAGCUGAUUACAUAUUCACCGAGUAUGGCAUGAGACCAAAUAUAACGGUUAGCCAGACAACAUACAUAGAGGCUGACAUCGGCUACGAAGCUGCUAAUGGUGUCAUCACUCUGUCUUAUGGUUCCACGAUUACAAUAACCAGUAAAGGUGUCGAUAGAUACUAUUCAAAGAUUCAAGAAGCCUUUGCAGUCAUUGAUAUCUCAAGCAACAAAUUUGAAGGAAAGCUUGAUGAAUGGCUUGGGAAUCUAAAAGGGCUUCGCUCAUUGAAUGUUUCCAACAACCUUCUUACCGGUGGGAUCCCAUCAUCUUUGGGGAACUUAACGCAACUUGAAUCGCUAGACCUUUCAAAUAACCAGCUCUCAGGAGAGAUCCCACAACAACUUGUGCAAUUGACAUUCCUUGCAGAGUUCGAUGUCUCUCACAACAAUCUCACAGGUCAUAUACCGAGUGGAACCCAACUCGGGGGGUUUAAUGUCACUUCUUAUGAGGGAAACACCGGGCUGUGUGGAGAUCCAUUGCCAAAGAAAUGUGGGAACUCUAAUACCCCGGAUCAAGUGCCACCUUCUGGUAGAGAAGAAAAUGAUUCAUGGCCUAGAACUGAAUUUGAUUGGAUUUUUGUGCUGGCCGGAUAUGGAGGUGGGGUGGUGAUAGGAGUGGUACUUGCAGACAUAGCAAUGACAAGGAGACCUGGAAUGUUUCUUGAGAUAGCUGGAACACUGAGCAGACUAAUGCAAAGCAUCACAAGCUGGAAGAAGUUUUGA